AUGAAUUAUUAAGCAUAAUAUGAAAAGAUUUCAAAGUUGUUAAGAAAUCUUUUAUCAUUUUAAAAUAAGGAAUUAAUAAAUAUAAAAUACGAUGAUGAAAAUCUUAAGAAUUCACUUUAGGAGAAAGUGAAGAAAAUAAAGUCAUAAGUAUUAGAUGAAUUUUAUCUAAAGAGAAAACUUGGAAGACCUCCAGGAACGAAGAAUAUUUUGAGGAAAAAGAAUAUUAGGUAAUCUAAGGGAUUAGAUUGCGGAGAGUUAAAAAUUAAAGAGUAUUUAAGUAAUUUUCAAACAUUAGAAUAAAAUAAUGAUGAGGAGGUUAUAAUAGUAAAAAAGAGAAAAAUAUAUUAAUCAGAAAAAAUGUUAAUGUAAGAUAUUGAAAAUUUUUUGGUAUGA